UCAUUUUUGUCAGUACUAGAAUAAAUAAAUUUCACUUCAUUGUGAAUUACCAAAAUCGUCAUUUCAUUUUUACAUACCUACAACAACAAAACAAAAGAAAGAAAAAAAACUACUCCAUUUAUAACCCUUUUUCGCUGAAUUUUGACAUUUUACCUUUCAAAAGAAAAACCAAAACAGCGAAAACCUUGUAACAGAGAAAAUAUGGCCGAAUGUAGUCGUCUGUAAAAAAAACGUCGUCGUCGGUGUGUGUGUCUAGUUUUUCCCAACAAGAAGAAGUGUUUAACAAAAUAACAAUUUUACACAAUAAAAUAUGAUCCAUCCUCCACGAAAAUACCAAAUAUACUUCCAAUAAAUUAUAAAUUUUUGAAAUAAAUUGUGUCAAAAUCCCAUUCUGACUGAGAAAGUGCGAUGCGAGCAAAAGAAGAAUGAUUGUGAGUGUGUCGUCUGUCGUGUCUGUACCUUAAAUUCUAAAGUAUAAAAAAAAAUAAGUAGAAGAAAAUAUAAAAAAUUGUAAUAGAAAAGAUAAAAAGUUGUACAAAAUAUUAUAAAGUAAUAUUUUAAACAAUUUAAAAAAAAAACACAAAAAAAAAAAACUAAAAUUGUGCAACAAAUCUAUUUUACAAAUUAUUCACAAUCGACGCAGCUUUUACUUUCUAGAUUCUUCGUAUAUUUCUUCACUUCUUUUCUGAAUAAUUUCAACAUAAAAAAAAAGAAAAAUAAUACGAAACCAUCCAGAAGAGAUCAUAUUUCUGCCCAGCAAAGAUAAACUAUGAAAUAAAUUCAAAGUGUAAUACGAAUGAAAAAGAUAUACAAUAAUACAUAAAUCAACAACUUGCGUAUAUAUGAACAAUGAAUUUCCAUGUUGUCAACAUUUUUUCGAGUGGAGCAUUUUUUUUGUCAUAGACAAAAAAAAAAUAAUAUAGAGUGAUUGCUCUCAUAUUCUUGUUCCUUAUCGUAGAAUGCUCCCCAGUUUGCAUGCAUUAAUGAGGUGCUCCUCAAGUGUACUAAAAAACGCCCCACCCAACGAUGACUCUGUAGCCACAUGUUCGGGUCGGGGCGAUUGUCUAAAUGGCACAUGUCUCUGUGAAAUUCGCUAUGCUGGCGAUGAAUGCUCUGCAUUCAAUUUACCCUACCAUGCCGGUAUAUCAGCAGUAUUUUAUAUUGUAGCUGUAGUUUCGGUAAUACAGCUUAUAAUUUGUAUUGUUGCCGAAUACCAAAGGCUGAAGCAACCCUCAUUUUUGCGGGCAUGUCGUCUAACAACACAGAAAUUUUUAUAUUUUAUGGUAUUUCUGGCGGCAUCAAUUAGAGGAGCUUAUUUUACAACUCCGCGUGAUUUACAGCCAACAUGGGCCGCCACUCUAAUGUCGGCAUAUUAUCCAUUGUUGAUGACAUGCUCCUCGUUGGUUGUGUGCCUUUGGGCAGAGAUUUUUCAUCUUCGUGACGUUCAUUGGGAAAAAUCACAAUUUCUAUCGAAAAGCUUCCUCGGCUUCGUUGCUUUCAAUUUCUUCCUAUACAGUUUGUUUGGAGUUGAAGUAUUUUCUUCACUAAUCAUCCCCAAUAGCCAAACCUACGCUCACAUCUUCAAUGGCAUUUAUGCAGCCCUUUUAUUAAUUGUUGUCGUAUUUUUCCUCAUCUACGGUGUUGAAGUGUUCUUUAAGCUACGCGGUGGUUUUGUCUAUGAUUCGAGUGGCAAUAUCUUGGGUCCCAAUGAAGCUAUAGUCAAUGCCUCGCAAUUAAAUCAAUCACGAUUGGGUUUGCUGAGUCAGGCGAUUAUGUUGAUUGUAAUUGUGGGUUUUCUCACAUCAGAGACGUUGGGUGAUUUUUGGAAGAAAAAAGUCCCAGUAUAUUCACGCAAUUGGCACGAUAUUGUGUUCCGUAUUGCUGAAAUUGGUGUGGCUUUAUGGUUCCCCUGUUGCUUAUGGAAUUCUAUGGCUCCAGAGCAACUAUGGAUUUUAAAUCCUAGAAAAUUACUUCGUCGUCAAAUUGAUCCUAGUAUUCCAUCAACAUCGAGCGAAAAUAAAGGCAGAGAAUUGGAAGAAGGACAAUCGUUUAUAUUGGAAAAUCUUUGUUGGAUUUGUUAUGAUGCCGACAAGCCGGAACCACUUAUUCAACCAUGCAAAUGCACUGGCGAUGUCAGCUCUGUACAUCAUGAGUGUUUAAAACGAUGGUUGGUAGAAAGUUGUAGUAGUACCUCAGAUGCGGUAUUAUCAUGCAAAGUCUGUGGAUCUUCUUAUGAAAUUGAGAAAGCGAAGAAACUUGAUUGGGAAAAAGGAUUCACCAUUCAACACUGGGCCAAAACCAUCAUCUUAGUCACCCUCAUGUGUGUUUCUGGUGCAUGUGCAUGGGUGGUUAUUCAACUCUAUGUCGAUCCUCUAAUUCGAAUUCUAACAGUUGGUAUAGCCGUUCUCAUUGGAUAUGUUUGCAUUAAAUGUUUAGGUGAAAAUACUGUCGUUGCUUAUCAAAGAGCCAAAGUAAGCUCGAUAAAUAUUGUUACCAAUAGUGAAACAGAGCGAUUACAUACGAUUUGUGAAGAUGUCGGUAGUCAAUGAAAUCGACUUAAGAAAUUACGAAUUCUCAUGUCAGAAGACAGUAAUUAAUAGUUUUUUUUUUUUUAUUUGUCCAAACUACUAAAUUUGAAAAGGAAGUAAAACAAAAGAAAAAAACACACCAAAUUGGCACCGAUUAAUACGAAUUCAAUUUUUUAUAAUUUUUAUAACUUCGAUUUUGUGAAGAUAAUCUAUUAAAAAAAAAAAAAAAACAAAUUAAUAAACAAUUAAUAUAAUAUAAUUGUUUAAUUAAAAUAACACUAUGUUUGUGUAUAUGUGAGAAGCAUUUGUAAAACUAUGGUAUUCAAGGAAAGUUUUCUAUAAAAAUAAAAUGAACUUUGGAGACAGACUUCUUUAAACUCCGUUUUCUCAUAUCACAUCAUUUUAUGUACUGAUUCAAUAAAGGGAGCAGUUGUUAAGAUCAGUGGAGUCUCAAAUAUCCCAAAGUCAGUAACUUCCACACUGAUUUUCUUUUUCUAAAAACUUUCCUUGUAAGCCAAAGUUAAAGAUAUAAAAUUAUUGCCAAAUUAGAUAACAAAACAAAAAGUUUAAAAAAUUAAAAAAAAAAAAACACUAAAUCUUACGGCCUAUAGAAUUA